GGCCCGGAAGCGUCUCUCCUCCCACAGGGGGCGGGGAAGGAAGAUGGCGGCGCCCAGCAGCCGGUGAGGAGAGCGGACACGGGGUUCCCGGGGAGCGGCCAGACUGAUGAAUUAUGGCCGCAUCUCCGCACACUGUCUCUUCACGCCUCCUGACAGGUUGGGUAGGAGGAUGUGUCUGGUAUCUUGAAAGAAGAGCAAUACAGGAAUCCCCUCACAAGUUCUUGCAUCUUGUCAGGAACGUCAAUAAGCAGUGGAUUACAUUUCAGCACUUUAGCUUCCUCAGACGCAUGUAUGUCACACAGCUGAACAGAAGCCACAACCAGCAAGUAAAACCCAAGCCAGAACCAGUAGCAUCUCCUUUCCUUGAAAAAACAUCUUCGGGUCAAGCCAAAGCAGAAAUAUAUGAGAUGAGACCUCUUUCACCACCCAGCCUUUCUUUGUCCAGAAAACCAAAUGAAAAGGAAUUGAUAGAACUAGAGCCGGCCUCAGAAAUUGAAGACUCAAUAAAUGUAGGGAAAGAGACAAAAGAGGAAAAGCAGUGGAAAGAGAUGAAGCUACAAGUGGAUGAAUUGCCAGGAAUUUUGGCUCGACUAUCCAAAAUCAAACUCACAGCUCUGGUAGUAAGUACCACUUCAGCUGGAUUUGCAUUGGCUCCGGGCCCUUUUGACUUGCCCUGUUUCCUGCUUACUUCUAUUGGGACAGGCCUUGCAUCCUGCGCUGCCAACUCCAUCAAUCAGUUUUUUGAGGUACCAUUUGACUCCAAUAUGAAUAGAACAAAGAACAGACCUCUGGUUCGUGGACAGAUCAGCCCAUUGUUAGCUGUGUCUUUUGCCACUUGCUGUGCUGUUCCCGGAGUUGCCAUUCUGACCUGGGGGGUGAAUCCACUCACAGGAGCCCUGGGGCUCUUCAACAUUUUCCUGUAUACCUGCUGCUACACACCACUGAAGAGGAUCAGCAUUGCUAACACAUGGGUCGGAGCCGUGGUUGGAGCCAUCCCGCCUGUCAUGGGCUGGACAGCGGCCACAGGCAGCCUCGAUGCUGGCGCGUUUCUCCUGGGAGGAAUCCUCUACUCCUGGCAGUUUCCUCAUUUCAACGCCCUGAGCUGGGGCCUCCGUGAAGACUACUCUCGGGGCGGCUACUGCAUGAUGUCGGUCACCCACCCGGGCCUGUGCCGACGCGUGGCGCUGCGCCACUGCCUGGCCCUGCUGGCGCUAUCCGUGGCAGCCCCCGUCCUGGACAUCACCACUUGGACCUUCCCCGUCAUUGCCCUCCCCAUCAAUGCCUACAUCUCCUACCUCGGCUUCCGCUUCUACGUGGACGCAGACCGCAGGAGCUCGCGGAGACUGUUCUUCUGCAGCCUGUGGCACCUGCCGCUGCUGCUACUGCUCAUGCUCACCUGCAAGCAGCGGCGCGGGGGCGGGGACCCGGGGCCUCCUCCCAGCUGAGCGCACCGGGACGCCCACAGCUCCUUUCCCUCUGCUGCCAGGAGAGCGUGUUGUGGUAAUUCUGGAUCACAAGAAGAGAAAUUGCUGGGUUUAGAACAAGAUUAUAAACGAUUUUGGUGCUCAGUGAUCACUUGACAAUUUUUUUAAGAAUAAAAGCCAAAAUACUCCCGAAAUAAGAAAUGCAUCAGCUCAGUCAGUGAAUACAAAGAAGGAAUAUUCUUCCCUUUGAGGGUCUUUCCACAUCUCUCCUCCAACCCGACCCUCCAUUCUGUUUCUGCUUCCAUACAUGGCUUCGUCUUUUGGUUCCGUCCUUACCCCGACACCACACACGCUCCCCCUGCCCGGCAGAGUGGCACUUGGUGGCCAGACAGCGUGAGCCUCAUAAUCUGCUGUCGGUAGUUCUGUGAGCUCAGGUUCCUUGAGGGUCUUGUGGCACCCCCUUCCUGGUGAUCGAGCCAGGGCCGGCAUUUUUUGGAUUUCCCCACCCCACGCAUUCUCAACCCCAGUCCUUCUAACCGUAACAAUAGCUGGGAGCCAGCUGCUGUGCACUGGGAAUGGGGAUUCCACAUGCUUGCCUAAGGAGUCUCAGGGUGGACUGCCAGCCCCUGUUCUCCCUUCACCCCCAUUGAUGUGAGCAUUUCAGAACUCCAGGGAGUCACAGGCAUCUUUGUCAUUCACCUUAACACACAUACACUGUUGGAAGCAUUUUUUUCUGAAAGGGUAGCCCUGGACUUAAUACCAGCAGCAUACGUCUGGCCCCCGUCCCAUUACUGUACCUCUGGAGACACCACUAUGGGUUACUGUACCUCUGAAGUCACUGCUGUGGGUCGCCGCUCCUCUGCUACACAGUACAGCUUUUUCAAGGCUGUAAUGAGAAGGGAUGUUAGGAAGGAGGGUGUGCUGGGCUAACCAGCCCACAUAGCUCCCAUUCAUGUCCCUUGGGUGAAAAACACAUGUCCAUGCUGUUAGCUCCUAAAUUCAGAAAUUAGCCUGCACAUGCCCAGUGGCUUUAAGAGCCAGAGCAGGGUUCUGGGAAUUCUGUGAGUUAUCCUGUGGCCAGGCAUGGCCUCAGGUACCAAACACGGUUACCUGUAGCUCUUUAGUCCUUUGUACUCCCACAGGUCUGCCCAAAGGUCUUGGAGUUAGACAGGAUGUUUUCAUUACUCAGUCCCCCAGGGCACUGCUGGUCUGUGAGGAUUCAUUGGUCGGGGUGGGAGAGUAGGAUUGAACAACAUUUAAACAGUCAAGAGCAGGCUUCCCCAAACUAUGGCCAGCCAGCCGCAUGCGACCCCCUGAG